GACAGAGAUGAUCUUAAGCGAAUAACAGUCCUGGAGAAGAUGGAUUACAUACCUGCAAACUAGACCGCACUAAACUGGAUCAUGGUUUUGUUACACGGAUUUUGGAUUCUAUUCAUGCUAUUAUCACUGCAAAGCUGUAAUGGUGUACAGGUGAUUGUGAAAGAUGAGAAGAGGUUCGCAAUGCUGUUCUCCUCCAUCGUUCUUCCGUGUCAUUACACCACCCACUCCUCUCAGACCGCCGUGGUGCAGUGGUGGUACAAGUCCUACUGUACAGACCGUACUCGGGAUUCCUUCACGUUUCCGAGUCCCUGGAGUGCACGUGUAUCUGACCUGGGAGCCUCGUCUCAUGUGGACUGCUCUGACAGCAGCCGCACUGUCCGAAUAGUGGCCUCAGCGCAAGGAUCUUCCAUGACCUUAGCAGAGCACUACAAAGGAAGAGACAUCUCCAUCAUUAACAAAGCAGAUCUGCGCAUUGGACAGCUGCAGUGGGGUGACACCGGUGUGUACUUCUGUAAAGUGAUCAUUUCUGAUGACCUGGAAGAAAAUGAAGACCAGGUGGAGCUGCUGGUGCAGGGUAGGACAGGUGUGCUGGAUGACAUCCUGCCUGAGUUUGAUUUGGAGAUUAUGCCAGAGUGGGUAUUUGUGGGAGUUGUCGUCCUUGGUAGUGUGCUCUUCCUGUUGUUGGUUGGGAUCUGCUGGUGUCAGUGUUGCCCUCACUCCUGUUGUUGUUAUGUACGCUGCUGCUGCUGUCCUGAUACAUGUUGCUGUCCAAAACACUUAUAUGAAGCAGGGAAGAUGGCAAAGAGCGGCCAAACUCCUCAGAUUGCCAUGUAUCAACCUUACUACGUUCCUGGUGUUCCUGUGGUUCCCGUGGUCCCUCCAGCUGCAUCAUCCAUCAUUGAACCCAAGUUGACUGUAGUGGCUCCUUCAGUAGAAAACAAUAUAGCUGGAGUGCGCAGUGGCUAUCGUCUCCAGGCCAGUCAGGCAGACGCUAUGAAGGUUGUGUACUACGUAGAGAGGGACCUGGCGCAGUUCCACCCUACCAAGGGGGGCAGUCAUCCAUCUGGCAGCCUAUCAGAACUGAGCUCUCUGCAUGAUGGUGACAUAGACUUCAGGCAGACCUAUCGGCAGGUCCAGAGGAAGGCACUACCACCCAUCAGUGACCACAUGGAUGAGCCGCAUAUCCGAACUGCAUCAAUCGGUCACGGGCUUCGCCCCUCACAUUAUCAGAGCAAUCACUCUCUGGAUGAGCAUGACAACAGAUGGAACUGUCGCUCUGAGCACCUGCCUCGCAAAGCCUUUGAUGCUAGGGGGCGCACAGGAUCGCUAGAUGAGCUGGAAGAGUUUGCAAUGUCAUACGGCCCACACAGUCAUCCGGAGGGGACAGAACCAUCACGGAUCAUUGAAAGGAAAGAGGAAUUGUGUGGAUUCUAUGAUAUCACGAGGAAACUCAAGGAAAGGAGAGCAGGUGAACAAAGGGAAGUCUCAACUACACCUUUCCUCACAUAG